UAUGACGGCUGCACAGCCUGUUGGGGGCCAAUAUGGCUUCCGAGAUGUGAGGCUGAGUUCUCACGCGCAUCUCUGGGUGCGACCGACCCCAACCAGAGCAAACUGGUGCCUUAUACAUCUGGACUGAUCUCAUGCUCCUGACAUCUUUCGCGUCAAGCCGCGCGUCAGACAAUGAUGCGGCAUGGCGGAUCCAUUAUCCAUUACUGCUAGUAUUAUCACGCUUUUACACGUCUCUGUUCAAGUGACGGUGCUGAUCAAACAGUUUCGCGAUGAGGUUGUGGUCGUGGAUGCGACGCUUACGGGCCUUCUCGACGAUGUGAACGGGUUCCAGCGCGUACUGGAAUCCAUGAAAGAGACCAUCGAGGAAAACAACAACAAAGAGACUCUACAAGCGACCGGCCAUGUGGGUAGUCACUGGAAGAAUCUCGCGCGCUCGCUAGAAGACGGUGCGGACGCUUUACAAAAGUUACAUACCACCUUAGACGGGGUCAACAAAAAGUCAUCGAUAUUGGAUGCACCACGAAAGCAGCUUAGGCUAAAGAGUGCCUCUGAGCAGAUUGCUCGAUACCGAGAACAGAUUCAAACAUCUCACACAGCGAUUCAACUAUCGCUCAGUACAAUUAUUCUCUGGAAUCAAGUGACUUUCCAAAGAUCGACCGAGAUGAUACCAGAUAAGGUUGUUCCAACACUGGACAAACUGUACGAUGAAUUUCGUACGUUUGGUGCUCUUCUCAAUACAAAGAUCGAAAAGCUUCAGCAUACAGUUACAGACCAAAAUGACCCAGACAACUACGAGCUUAUGUAUAUGAACAACUUGCGGGAGUGCGUUCGCUCAGCCGCUGAUGUCGUCUCAACUGCAUCGACAACGCUCAACGCAGAAACAAGUGACAAGAUUUCUGUCAAACAUGGUUCUGAUUUCGGAGACGUCUUUGUCAGAGACGCGAAUGAACCCAUGUUACGUUGGUUUGCCUCAAACACCGUGUAUGAAUUCGAAGAUGUGGAGGCACCUCUACCCGCUCCAUCAGAAGCUAGCACAGGGGAUGCGCAAACAGAGUAUCAGUCAGAUAGCGACUCAGAUAUCGAGAAUGACCUGAUCAGGUCUCUUUUCAACGAGGGUAGAAAAAGGAAGGACAUUGGUGAUCUAGAAAGUGCGGUUCGCUAUUUUCGAAACUGCCUCACGAGGCUGUCGUCGAAUACUAGCUACACAUCUCUGACCUCAGCAAGAAGUGCAGCAGCAUGCGGGGUGUCGAAAACCGACUUACUCGAAUGUCUCCUCGAUUGCUACUGUCUUCUGGAAGCGUGGAGCAAAGCGAAAGCAAUCAUGAAAGAUAAGCUACUCAUCACUGAACGCCAAUUAGGCAAGAAAGAUGAGCUCUAUCUACGAGAUACUCUGAGGCUAGCCGAGCUCAUGAUGAAGAACGGCGAAUACGUCGAGGCGCACCUCCAGGCACGGCGAUCACUGAGAGGAUUCAGGAAACUGGGAAAACAGGGAGAUAGUGGUUACGAAGAAUGCUUGGACUUUUUGAUUCGAAUCUGUAGCACUGAGGGAAAAGUGGAUGAGGAAGAGGCUUACACAGCUUUGUUGGCAAGCCACGAGAGGAAGACCAAGCGAUCAGCUCCAUCGCCUGAGGUUAUAUCGCUGUCGCACGUUAGCCCAAAGUUUCAGUCAGCUUCCGACCCGGUCUUAGAGGAUGUCGCUCAAGCAGAUUUCGAAGUUUCAGAGCAAGUGAAGGAGACGCUGGAUCAUGUGCAUGUCUUGGAGAGUAAUGAGGUGCCACUGAUAGACACAGAGGAUUCGAGUGUGCUUUCACCUGGUGAACUCCAAGUUCAGGAUCAGACCGUGCUGCAAGAGGACCCAGAGCCUGUUACCGAAAGAGACAAGAUUACAUCAGAACAACAGCCCUCGUGUAUCUCCAGACCUUACUCACCUACGGAGGAUCUAAGCGUUCGUCCGGAUUACGAGACGAAAUCCCUGUCCAGUCACAGUGUUACAUCGUCGGAACAACACGCUAUGACUUUGGCGUCACAAGAGCAACUAUGCUGACCCCAGUGGACUUUGGAGAUAUUUCACAUCUCGAGGGUUACGGGGCUCAAAUCGCAGCUGCUGAGUUCAUUUGUAUGCUAUACCGAGCUGCAGCAAACGAAGUGACAGAGAAAGAGUCGAGGAACUCAAGAAAGGAUGCUGAGUUCCUAAAAGCAUGGUGUAAUCUGUUCCACGGCCGAGAUCCUUACUACUUCUCUGAAUGGC